GUACAACUGGGCCUAAUUAUCAGCGGUCGUUAUCCAUAAGAAUAAGAUAAUGAGCAGAAAAUGUCAAAAAAAAAAAAACAAUGAAAGUAUAGUUAACCCAGGGUUAGCAAACUCUGCAAGUGAUAAACCGGCCCUCAAGCGCCAGCUGAUUUUGACGUAAAAUUGUGGCGGGCAAUUUUAAAUUUGACAACGUCAACGAAGAACUAGCACAACAGAGACGUCAAGUUUUAUUUAUGUAAAAUUUAUAAAUGUUUGUUUUUUCUGUUUUAAGAUUAGAAUAGGUGUUAAUUUUUACCUGCAGGCAAGGGUGAAAUCCACAAUAAUGAAUAACGGUAAAAUUGCCGCUGCAGAAACCCAAGACAACAGCACCGUACCAGAACUAAUCGUAAAACUAUGCAAAUACUUAGCCCAAGACAGCGAAGACUUAGUUUCGGAAUUGACCAGUAGAGCCUUCAAAAUGUUGGCCCAAGUCAGCAACCUGGAAGUUUUAAUGCCCAGCGACGAACCAUACAUAGUGAAUAAACUCAGGCAACAUUUAAAAUACAAUCCUUCCAACUUGGAACAAUUUGAUUUGUUAUAUAGUUCAUUGGCGCAAUCUGACAUUAUCCAAAAUAGAGUGGCAUUGUUGAGUUUUUUCUAUAAUCUUACAGAGUCGUGCAGUUUGGGGCCUCUAAGCAAAAUACCUUCUCAAGAGUCUAUCAGUGUUAAGCAAAUAUUUCACAAAAGAUUAACCAGCUCAACAGCUACUGCAUCAAGUGUUUUAAGGGCCAGUUCACAAGCCACAACAAUUUCCUGGUCACACAAUGAUAUAACUCCUUCAUCAAAAUCUUCCAUUGCAAGUCAUUCUUCAAUAACCGAACACGAAUUAUUGGAGGAUGUUUUUUAUAGUUUGCAAGGCAUUGAUGGUAAAUUUUUGCGCAAAGAACCUGGGGGUUUGGGUUACACAUUGGAACCCAGAGCAUUGAAAUCAAUAUCAGCAGUACAACGUACCUUAGUAGACCGUAUAACGGGCAUGAGCUUUUUGCACAAUCAACUAAAACAAUAUUGCACUGAAAAUGAAAAGCAAAUCAAUGGGGCAAUUUGUCAAGCAUUUAUUGCCACUCUACAAAGCGAAUUAACAGAGUAUUACAAAACUAUUGGUAUAUUAAGAGCGAAUUCUUCAAAUAUGACAUUGAGACGAGUUUUGGUUGCCUUGCAAGAACCUAGAAUAAGAUUUGAGUGGUUAGCAUAUAUAGCAGAACAAUGUAAUAACAAAAAAGGAGGGGCCUUAAUAACUGCAGUGCAUGGGUUUUUGCAGCACGGUUCCAAAAGUGCCAUGGCCGUCUCAGAACAAAUGCUUAAAGCUGUUUGUAAGCCUUUAUACAGAAUGUUAGCACGAUGGUUGCUAGAUGGCGAAAUAAACGAUCCUUGUAAUGAGUUUUUAAUUGAAGUCAAACAUGGUAUCCCGGCUGCAAGGUUAUGGGACAGUAAAUAUGAAGUUAGAAAGGCAAUGGUGCCUUCGUUUAUUAGUAUGGAGCAAGCUAAAAUAAUACUAGCCGCUGGUAAAAGCAUUAAUUUUUUGACUCAUAUUUGUGAAGAUACAGGUGAAUUACCAGGACGAGAAAUAUUACAUAAACUAUUCAACAAUACCUCAACUGAAGCCUUAUUUAAGCCAGAACAAAGCAUAGAAUUCCAUUCUACUUUGGAAGGCAUCUACAAGGAAACUUCCUUUAGAGUUUUAGAUUUGCUGCGCAACAAAUUUAAACUUUAUGAACACUUGCAAUCAUUACGCAGAUAUUUAUUGUUAGGCCAAGGUGACUUUAUAAGACACUUAUUGGAACUUCUCACACCUGAACUAAACAAAUCAGCUAGCGAAAUCCAUUACCAUACAUUGUCGGCUAUUUUAGAAUCAGCAAUAAGCAACACUAAUGCCCAAUUUGAAGACGAAGACACUUUGAAACGGUUGAAUAUUAGUUUCAUGAAACAUUCAAUUGGUGAUAAAGGGUGGGACAUUUUUAGCUUGGUUUAUAUUGUUGAUGGCCCUAUUGGCACAAUUUUCCAAUCAACGUUGCCAAUUUACCAAAGUCUUUUUGGGGCUUUGUGGAAAGCUAAAAGAACCGAAUACGUGUUAGCCAACAUAAGAAGUCAGCAACUAUCAAUGAGAAAAGAGUUCAGAAAAAUCAGAGAAUUAAAAGCUGUAAUGCAUGGCAAUCAUAUACUGACAAGUAAAAUGAUACAUUUUUUGCAUCAGACUCAGUAUUAUUUUUUGUUUGAGGUGCUAGAGUGUUCUUGGGAUGAAAUGCUGCAUCGUGUGGAUAAGGCUGAAUGUCUAGACAACAUAAUAACAGCUCACUUGAGUUUUCUAGCCUCAGUGAAAAAAGGAGUUCUACUAGACGAAUCCUCACGCCAACUAUUCUCUUUUUUAAUCUCCGUUUACAAUUUCGUCAUAACCCUAGAAGCCCACCAACAAACUAUUUACAAAGCCGCAAGCCAAGAAAACCAAAGUUAUUUGGACUAUAGAGCCAAAGCCGAAAACACAAUGGCUUUCAAGCUGACAACAAAAGACGAAGAAGAAGCUAAAAUCCGUGUGGCUAAAUUUCGUCAGUUUUUAAAGUCAAUGAAGCUUGAGGUGAGCACAACAGCGCAAGCAUUUGAGGAUAUCGUUACCCAGUUUUUGAAACUUUUAGCUUCAAGUUCCAACAUCAAAUUGCAACUGCUUAGCGUUAGAUUGAAUUUUAAUAAUUUUUAUAAGCUGUUUUAGUGAAUUAAGUUGUAUUUAAAAUAGAAUCUCACUUUGUUUUUCAUAUUACGUAGAGUCCGCGUCUAGAGUAAAGAGUACGGUGACGUCAAAUGCGCACAAACCCAAUUUUGAAGACUAACCGAACUAUCGUAUUGUUCGGUGCUGCAAGCACAUGGUUCAUUGCCGUACGGCCAGCAGGCAUAUUUAUUUAGUUUAUUUUCUAUCCAAGUUUUGUCUAAAAAGAUACCCCGCUGCUGGUUUCAGCUCACGGCAGACAGCGAGAGAUAGACGAGGGAGAGAGAUCCGGCCCGCUUCGCGCAGCUUUCCGUGUCGUCACCGUACUCUUUACUGCUGACGCGGACUCUACUACUGUUAUAUAUAUUUAUGUGUGCCAGAAGGGAUAUUUUUCUAUUUUUGAUAAGAACAAGUUUGUUGAAAAUAAAAUUUUUUGGUUUUUUGAAGAGGAGUUGGGAGCCUUUUUCCAGAAAGAGAAAUUGAGAUGUUGAGCAAUGAUUGUUCACGCUUUCCAGUUUUUCUUGUAUUAAAAUGUUUGUUCAAUUAGCAGUCUUUAUUAAUUUUUUUAAUUCAUUAAUAAUUAUUGAUCCUAUGAUAAGUUUUCC